GCUGGCGUGGAGGACGGUGCCUCCCGCCUACAGGAGCCGCUCGAGGAAGAGCAGCCGCUGCUGCGGUGUCCGCCGUGGUAGCAACAUCUGGCCUCGAAUCUUGGCGCGGUGCAGGGGAAUCUGGCUUUCGCCGCCCCCCGCCCCCCCGUCUACCCCCCUGACGGCGCACGCGUUGCGGCCCCCCCGCGCCUUCUGUAGGGGCUGCGAGUCCGGGAAGGGACGGCCCAGCUUGACCCAGACUCACUGCAGGUGGAACAGUGCCGACAGCACCACCUGCCUGGAGAGGCCUCAGGACGAGGAAUACCUGCCGGAUCUCUUACCGUCAGCCGGAGAACCCCAGGGAUCGUCUGGUAGCCGGAUGUUCUGUACAUCGAAUCCGUCCUGUGAUGCGGUUCCAGUCCCCACGCUCUACAACGGGACCGGACGCUACGUUGUGCGAUGUCUGCUGCACUUAAGUGCCUCCGCCGGCACGCGCAACGCCGCUUCCAAAUCUACAGCUGCUGUUUUGCUCCGGAUAGAUAGACUGCAGUUCCUGGUCUGCCAGCAUAGCAAGCCUGCUGUUGCUCUGGUGGCUGCGUCAACGCCGAAAGUGUGCCGGUAG